GCUGGUCAUCACCACUGCUAACCUCCGACCUCCCUAUUCUUCGCCUCCAAAUCCCCCUUUGCUCUGUUGCUCAAGCCUUCCUCCAGUGCCUUGCACGUCCGCUAAACUCGCUGCCAAAGAAACAUUGUAGCCAUGACUUCGAUAGGUACAGGCUACGACCUUUCAAACUCCGUCUUCUCGCCCGACGGUCGCAACUUUCAGGUCGAAUAUGCGGUCAAAGCAGUAGAGAACGGCGGCACCGCAAUUGGAAUAAGAUGCAAGGACGGCGUAGUGCUGGCCUUGGAGAAGCUGGUCACUAGCAAGCUGCUCAAGCCGGGAGCCAACAAGCGCAUAGCAACGGUAGACCGGAACAUUGGUGUUGUUUCGGCGGGUCUAUUACCAGACGGCAGACACUUCGUUUCACGGGCUCGCGACGAAGCGGCUUCCUGGCGACAAACAUACAAGGCGCCGAUCCCUACCGCGUCACUGGCAGAUCGCAUGGGCAGCUACGUCCAGGCACACACGCUCUAUUCGAGCGUGCGACCGUUCGGUAUGACGGCCAUCAUCGGAGGCUGGGACAGCGAAGCCGAUCUAAAGGUGGACGGCGAGGUUGGAUCGGGACCCAAAGUCCCCGGCGGCAAGAAGGCGGGUGGCAAGCGUGGAGGACCGUUCCUGUACAUGAUCGAGCCGAGCGGCUUGUAUUGGGGCUACUACGGUGCCGCAACAGGCAAGGGUCGGCAGGCGGCAAAGGCAGAGCUUGAGAAGCUCGACCUUGCGUCAGGAAACCUAACACUAGAGCAAGGCGUGAAAGAGGCAGCCCGCAUCAUCUACGUCGCACAUGAAGACAGCAAAGACAAAGACUUCGAGCUAGAAAUGACAUGGAUCAGCUCGUUGGACGGUCCGACGAAAGGUCGACAUGAAGAAGUGCCAGAAGAGAUACGCAAGGAGGCGGAGCGGUUAGCAAAGAAGAGUAUGGACGACGACGAUGACGACGACGACGACGAUGAUGAUGACGAUGACGAAGAUGACAAGAAAGACAAGAUGGAAGAGUGAGCAUCCUCGGUCGUCUCCAAAAGUUUAAGAUCUUGUACACUACACCGGGCAAGGCGCAUCACGCACAAAGCUUUGGGCGAGUACCAUGGGACGGGGGGGGAAAUCAUAGCAUGUAGAAUUGAGCGUUUGGCGCUUUUUAGUUCGAUCAAUCAAUGAACCGCCCAAAUCUAGACCGCACGGCGUUUCUGUACCUAA